GCCGGUGACGGGUGGCCGGGCUGGGGGCGGGAGGGCUUCUGAGGUAGGAAGGGAGGUCCGCUCGGCCGGGCGCGCCGCCCCAGUGCUCUGUGGGAUACUGGAAGUCUCGAGCGUCUCCUCCCGGUUCCCAGCCCUCCUCUGGCCCGCACUCAUAGAAACAGUCACACACCCCCUGCCUUCCCUCUCUUCCCUCUCCGCCUCCCCCUUCCCUCCCCCUCGCGAUAAGAAGACCCGGCGGCAGGAGAGGGGAUGAAGAUGGCGGACGCGAAGCAGAAGCGGAACGAGCAGCUGAAGCGCUGGAUCGGCUCCGAGACGGACCUCGAGCCUCCCGUGGUGAAGCGCCAGAAGACCAAGGUGAAGUUCGACGAUGGCGCCGUCUUCCUGGCUGCUUGCUCCAGCGGCGACACGGACGAGGUCCUCAAGCUGCUGCACCGCGGCGCCGACAUCAAUUACGCCAAUGUGGACGGACUCACUGCCCUGCACCAGGCUUGCAUUGAUGACAAUGUUGAUAUGGUGAAGUUUCUGGUUGAAAAUGGAGCAAAUAUUAAUCAACCUGAUAAUGAAGGCUGGAUACCACUACAUGCAGCUGCUUCUUGUGGAUAUCUUGAUAUUGCAGAAUUUUUGAUUGGUCAGGGAGCACAUGUAGGAGCUGUCAACAGUGAAGGAGAUACACCAUUAGAUAUUGCUGAGGAGGAGGCAAUGGAAGAGCUACUUCAAAAUGAAGUUAAUCGGCAAGGGGUUGAUAUAGAAGCAGCACGAAAGGAAGAAGAACGGAUAAUGCUUAGAGAUGCAAGACAAUGGCUAAAUAGUGGUCAAAUAAAUGACGUCCGGCAUGCAAAAUCUGGAGGCACAGCACUUCACGUUGCAGCUGCGAAAGGCUAUACAGAAGUUUUAAAGCUUCUAAUACAGGCAGGCUAUGAUGUUAAUAUUAAAGAUUAUGAUGGCUGGACACCUCUUCAUGCUGCUGCUCACUGGGGUAAAGAAGAAGCAUGUCGAAUUUUAGUGGACAAUCUGUGUGAUAUGGAGAUGGUCAACAAAGUGGGCCAGACAGCAUUUGAUGUAGCAGAUGAAGAUAUUUUAGGAUAUUUGGAAGAGUUGCAAAAGAAACAAAAUCUGCUCCAUAGUGAAAAACGGGAGAAGAAAUCUCCAUUAAUUGAAUCAACAGCCAAUAUGGACAAUAAUCAGUCACAGAAGACCUUUAAAAACAAAGAGACAUUGAUUAUUGAGCCAGAGAAAAAUGCAUCCCGUAUUGAAUCUUUGGAACAAGAAAAAGUUGAUGAUGAAGAAGAAGGAAAGAAAGAUGAGUCUAGCUGCUCUAGUGAAGAAGAUGAGGAAGACGACUCAGAAUCAGAAGCUGAAACAGAUAAGACAAAACCUAUGGCUUCUGUAACUAAUGCCAAUACAUCUAGUACACAAGCAGCUCCUGUAGCUGUUACAACACCUGUGUCAUCUGGUCAGGCCACACCUACGUCACCUAUUAAAAAGUUUCCAACCUCAGCUACAAAAAUUUCUCCCAAAGAAGAAGAGAGAAAAGACGAGUCUCCUGCAUCUUGGAGGUUAGGACUUAGAAAGACUGGCAGUUAUGGCGCACUUGCAGAAAUCACAGCAUCUAAAGAGGCUCAGAAAGAAAAAGACACUGCAGGUGUUAUACGUUCAGCUUCGAGUCCCAGACUCUCCUCCUCUUUGGAUAAUAAAGAAAAGGAGAAAGAUAGUAAAGGAACUAGGCUUGCAUAUGUUGCACCUACAAUACCAAGACGACUAGCCAGUACGUCUGACAUUGAAGAGAAAGAAAACAGAGACUCUUCAAGUUUACGAACGAGUAGCUCCUAUACAAGAAGAAAAUGGGAAGAUGAUCUCAAAAAGAAUAGCUCAGUUAAUGAAGGAUCAGCUUACCAUAAAAGUUGCUCCUUUGGUAGAAGACAAGAUGAUUUGAUUAGUUCUAGUGUUCCAAGCACCACAUCAACACCAACAGUUACCUCUGCAGCUGGGCUUCAGAAAAGCCUGCUUUCCAGCACAAGCACUACUACAAAGAUUACAACGGGUUCUUCCUCAACAGGCACACAAAGCAGUACCUCAAAUCGUUUGUGGGCUGAGGAUAGUACUGAAAAAGAAAAGGACAGUGUUCCUACGGCAGUGACCAUCCCUGUUGCUCCAACUGUUGUAAAUGCUGCAGCCUCAACCACAACCCUGACUACAACUACUGCUGGCACUGUCUCCUCCACAUCAGAGGUCAGGGAGAGACGCAGAUCAUACCUCACUCCUGUUAGAGAUGAAGAGUCUGAAUCCCAAAGAAAAGCAAGAUCUAGACAAGCAAGACAGUCUAGAAGAUCAACACAGGGAGUAACACUGACUGAUCUUCAGGAAGCUGAAAAAACAAUAGGAAGAAGUCGUUCUACCCGAACCAGAGAACAAGAAAAUGAAGAAAAAGAAAAAGAAGAAAAAGAAAAACAGGAUAAAGAGAAGCAAGAAGAAAAGAAGGAGUCAGAAACAUCUAGAGAAGAUGAAUAUAAACAAAAGUACUCCAGAACAUAUGAUGAGACUUACCAGCGUUACAGACCAGUAUCCACUUCAAGUUCUACCACCCCAUCCUCUUCACUUUCUACCAUGAGCAGUUCACUCUAUGCUUCAAGUCAACUAAACAGGCCAAAUAGUCUUGUAGGUAUAACUUCCGCUUACUCCAGAGGAUUAACAAAAGAAAAUGAAAGAGAAGGAGAAAAGAGAGAAGAGGAAAAAGAAGGAGAAGAUAAAUCACAACCGAAAUCAAUCCGAGAACGACGACGACCAAGAGAGAAAAGGAGAUCUACGGGAGUUUCAUUUUGGACACAAGAUAGUGAUGAAAAUGAACAAGAGCAACAAUCAGAUACAGAAGAAGGAUCCAACAAGAAAGAAACUCAGACGGAUUCCAUUUCUAGAUAUGAAACCAGUUCCACAUCAGCUAGUGAUCGGUAUGAUUCCUUAUUGGGUCGCUCUGGAUCAUACAGUUACUUAGAAGAAAGAAAACCUUAUAGUAGCAGGCUAGAAAAGGACGACUCAACUGACUUUAAAAAGCUUUAUGAACAAAUUCUAGCUGAAAAUGAAAAGCUGAAAGCACAGCUACAUGAUACAAAUAUGGAACUGACAGAUCUUAAAUUACAAUUGGAAAAGGCCACCCAGAGGCAAGAAAGGUUUGCUGAUCGGUCACUAUUGGAAAUGGAAAAAAGGGAACGAAGAGCUCUAGAAAGAAGAAUAUCUGAAAUGGAAGAAGAGCUCAAAAACCUGCACCAAAUAAAGCAAAUUCAGACUCUGAGAGAGUUAAAUGAACGACUGCUGACUGAGAAUAGGGCCUUGACAAGAGUGGUAGCCAAGCGCUCAGGGUUCUGUAGGCAACUGCAGUCUGUGAACCUAUAACUUAUAGUUUCAUCAUUUCUUCUUGGUAGAGCCAGAUGUUACCAGACCUAAAAGCAGACAACCAGAGGCUAAAGGAUGAAAAUGGGGCCUUGAUCAGAGUUAUAAGCAAACUUUCCAAAUAAAAAAAAGGAAAAAAAAGCAGCAAGUAAUGGAAUUGCACAUAUGAGCAACCCAGUGGACCAUAAUUGACAGUCACUGGAAGCCUGGGAAGAAUCCAGGGAGACUGUCAUUUUCGGAUAUCCUGCCAAAUGCCCUCUUAUCUAGGAAUUUUGUUUUGUUUAAUUUUCUGGGUUUUUUUUUUUUUUUCUUGUAUCAAGACCAUUGUUUCAUGUUAAUGCAGCUGCUGAGAAGAUUUUUUUUUUUAAUGACUGAGAAAACUUGUUUACAGCUCCAGCAUUUAAGGAAAGUGUUCAAGGCCAGAUAUGCCUCAGAGAUAUUUAACCAGUAAGCCUUAGUUGUACAUAAAUACUUUUGUGUCAACAAAAACUUUCAGCUCUCACAGAAGACAGUUAUUCAACAUUUUUUGAUGUGCCACAGUUUCCAGUUUUUCGAUAUUUUUUUGCUUUACAUCUAAGUUUGGGUUUGUAUUUUUUCCUUCUAACUCUUCAUGUGGCAGACUCAUCUAUGUUUUCACAGCUUUCUCAUUUACAGAAAAGAACACCUGUUCUCCUGAUAUCAUUGUCAUGUAUUAGGCUAAUGCUCUGUUGUCUUCCGCCUGGAACUGAAUUGCUUGGUGGAACAUUUGCUUUCACUGUUUGUGCAAUAUGCAUUUAUUUCUUAUAUGAAUGCUUUAAAGUCAAUUGAGAUUAGAUUCUUUUAAGUCCUAUUUUCUGCCUUUGUUGGUCACUUUUUUGUUUUUGUUUGUUUUUUAUUAUUGUAGUAUAUAAUCUUCACAUUCAUUUUAGCAGGUACUGAGUGAUGCUGUAUAUAUAAAUAAGUGUAUUGUUUUGAUUUUUAGACCACCACAUGGCAUGCUUGACUAUUUUCUUAAUUCAAAUGUCUGUUAAUGCAAAGUAGGCUACUCCAUAAUAGUGUUAAAAACAAAAUUUGCUAACAAUGUGAUAUAAAGACUUAAAAAGUAACACAUUAUGUGGGGCCCUAUCUUUACAAAAGUUUUCUACUGUAAAGUGCUUUUACUUUUAUUUUCAGUUUUCAUUUGAUAGUAUUCAACCACAACUAAAGUUGCAUAAGAUAAUUGCUUCACAUUUCACAUACCUAUAUUUAUCUGAGUGCUGUCUAAAACUGUUGUGCUAGCCAAAGUAAUGCUAUGAAAUCAUUUGCAGACUUAACCGUGAGUUAAUGUUAAAUGCACUGUUAUUGCCAUGUGAAGAGGCAUUGACUUUGAUACCACCAUCAUGUUCAGACCAUUUUAUACAUUUCAGUGGCCUUUUAAAAAAAAAAAAAAAAAAGCAAAACCAAGUACAUAGUGAAGAUGGCUUUUAUUUGGACAAAUAGCUUUUAUAUUUUCAUCAAACCAUGCAAAAAAAUACCACAUCUUUCUGGCACAUAACUGUCUCCUUAACCACUGAACAGUUCAGCCAUUUGAAUAAAUUGUACAUUGUAAAGCUUAUAGUAGCUAAUUGUAUUAUUGAUUGUAUUGUAUACUAUAUUAAAUGUGAAUUUGUACCCCUUCAUUUUAAAAGGUCAUUGUGUUCUACUGCCUAUUUUAGAUUACUUUGGGGCUGGGAAAGGGUGUUUUGGUAAGCAGGAUUUUAAGUCCUCUCUCUCUUGAUUGGUUUUAUGAAGAUAUAAGGUUAUGCUCUUACUACCAAGCUCAGGAUUCUUGAUUUUUAAAGGUACAAGGAUAGUUAUGGGAAUUUUAUUUUUGGUUAUAUUUGAACUGUAUGAAUGGUGGGUCUGAAUAUAGAGAAUUUCCAUGGUCUUAUGUGGACGUAAAAUAUACAGAUAAUUGAUCAGUUUGAGUGACUGCAACAUGUUCUGGUUGCACAACAGUUAGGCAUGCUAAGGAUUAUAUUUGUGAAGUUUGGAUGCCUGUGAAGAAUGAUUAAAUACAUGUUUCUAAUAUUUUAGUGUUUUGUAUUUAGGUUAUUUAUUCUUUGUAUCUAAAACUGAACAGCUACUGUGCUAUAUUGAUUUUAUUGGUAGUAUUGAGCAGACCUUGUUUCUGCAUGAAACUAGUUGCAAAACCCACUAUUUUGGAAAUAAAAAUGUAUUUUGACAUAUACAAAUAAAAUGAAUAAAACUA